AUGGCCCGCACGAAGCACACCGUGGCGAGGAUGCCCAGGCUGGAGCCCAGGGAGGCGCCGCCCGGCUUCGAGCGCUCCCGUCCCUGGAGGCCGCCGCCGCCGCUGCGGAUGGUGUCGCCAGAGCCUCGGCCGGAGCCGGAGAAGAAGAAGAAGAGGGCGCACCGGCUCCGGCCGGGCACGGUGGCGCUGCGGGAGAUCAGGAAGUACCAGAACUUCACCGGGCUGCUCCUCCCCUUCGCGCCAUUUGUCCGCCUGGUUAAGGAGAUCAAUGACUCCCUCUCCACCGAUGUGAACCGCUGGACUCCUGAAGCGCUCGUCGCGCUGCAAGAGGCUGCAGAGUAUCACUUGGUAGACUUAUUUGAAAAGGCAAAUAUCUGCGCCAUCCACGCGAAGCGAGUUACCAUCAUGCAAAAGGACAUACAUCUUGCCAGGCGCAUCGGGGGGCAAAGGCAUUGGUAA